AUGGCGCUCCACCGGAAAUCGUCACUCUGCCUGCACAAAAAGAUGGCGGAAGAAGACAAUUCAUUUGAUGAUUUUGAGCAUAUUGAUUUUUUAAGAGACAGACAUGUACGAUUUUUUCAGAGGUGCCUUCAGGUCCUACCGGAGCGAUACGCUUCAUAUGAAACUAGCAGGUUGACAAUUGUGUUCUUUGCCCUGUCUGGACUUGAUGUUCUUGAUGCCUUGGAUGUUGUAGACAAACCCAGCUUGAUUGAGUGGAUUUACUCAUUACAGGUUUUACCCACAGAAAAUCAAUCUAAUCUGUGGCGCUGUGGCUUCCGGGGGUCUUCACACAUCGGUGUUCCUUACAAUGUCUCAAAGGGACCCGGAACUCCUCAUCCGUAUGACAGUGGCCAUGUGGCUAUGACCUACACUGGCCUGGCCUGUCUCAUUAUUCUGGGAGAUGACCUGAGUCGGGUCAGUAAGGAGGCCUGUCUAGCGGGUUUGAAAGCUCUACAGCUGGAGGAUGGCAGUUUCUAUGCAGUGCCUGAGGGAAGUGAGAAUGACAUGAGGUUUGUGUACUGCGCCGCGUGUAUCUGCUAUAUGCUGGACGACUGGUCGGGAAUGGACUGCACAAAAGCCAUCGAUUACAUCAGAAGGAGCAUGUCCUACGACAACGGCAUUGGUCAAGGAGCUGGCUUGGAGUCUCACGGUGGCUCCACGUUUUGUGCCAUCGCCACGCUUUGUCUGAUGGGGAACUUAGAGGAAAUGUUCAGCGAGCGCGAACUGAACCGAAUACGCAGGUGGUGCAUCCUCAGACAGCAGAAUGGUUUCCAUGGACGCCCCAAUAAACCUGUGGAUACGUGUUACUCGUUCUGGGUCGGGGCGACACUGGAGCUCCUUGAUGUAUUUCAAUACACCGAUUUUGAGAAGAACCGAAACUACAUCAUGUCCACUCAAGACAGUUUGGUGGGUGGAUUUGCUAAAUGGCCAGACAGCCAUCCAGACCCUCUGCACACCUAUUUCGGCAUCUGCGGCCUGUCUUUGAUGGGUGAGCCCAGUCUGCUGAAGGUUCACCCGGCGCUGAACGUCAGCUACAGAGCCUUUGAGCGCAUGCAGCAGCUGCACCGGACAUGGAGGGAGAGCUGCACAUGACAGAGUGACACACAUCUAUUCAACCACAACAGCCUCCGAAUCACAUGCAAGGACGCACCUCGUCCCUCUGAGCCCAGCUGCAUUAACUUUAGCAGUAGAUAGAAACCAAGCUGACCACGGACCGUCUUCCAUAAUGGAGGCGGGGAGGAGGCGAUGAAUAAAUAAUUGGGUCCAGCUUCAUCUAUCAUUAAACCUGAAACUAUCAGUUGCUGCUUAACCCAAGCACAAGGUUGUUUGGGUCCCUCAUGCAUCAACAAGGCGUCUUGUUCCUCACCACCAUGGUUUUCUUUUAAUGAGUUGCAAUCAGGUGUUUUGUUGGAUGCUGGAUAGAUGUGGUUAAAUGUCUCUGUUUCUUAAUUUUGUUUGCCUUCAUUAUGUUUACUUCAAGAAAGAAAUCUAUUCAAGCAAAACAUCCUUAUGACAUAAUCAUGAAACUAUUCUUCUUUACAAUUAUGUGAUCUCCAAUAACAUGCUACUUGUAUUUAUAACAUGCUUUCUUUUCAAAGUUAAGGUUAUUGUGUUGUUUUAGUAAUAAACAGAGCAACUUUUGUCUUCAGUGAAUGUGCCUCAGAUAAAUAAAUCAUAAAUUAAUAACUCACCCUUCCUUUCACCCUAUCCUACUUUGCUGCAAAUUGACGUCACUUCUCAAAAAAGACACUUGAAUGUGUUCCAGCAAAAUUGGAGAAUUUAUUUUUUCUAUGCUUAUAAAAAUAGCAAUGUUAGAGAUUAACAAAAAAAAAACAAAGCCUUUGUAUAAGUAUGAAAUGCCAAUACUGUAAAUGACAAUUUCAAUGUGAUUAGUAAAUAACCGUCUUUCAUGUCUGAAGAGCUGAAAGGCAGUGCAUAUUUAAAAGGUAAAUGAAAUAAAGUAUUACAUUUCUGUUA